GUGUCGCAUCUCCCCCCACCCUUUUAUAUAUGUUUGUUAAAAACAGUAACGCUAAUUUGGUCUGUGGUUACGUCAUUUACAAAAAUAAUGUCAAAAAUGUCCUAGAACACAGUCACGCGAAUGGGAUGGCUUAAUUUUACAUAACGUUUACACGUUGCGAUGGCUGAGAAAUUCUCCGACGUUUUUAUUUCUUUUGUUUAAAACACCCUCUUGUUUCAUGAGGUGUCUCUCAUUUGUCCUACGAGUGAAUAACACAUUGACCAGUUAUUGUUUCGAUACAAUGAUGAACACAAAAGGAAUCAACGAAGCGAGAGAAACACCACCUUUGUGGACGUCGGCAACAUACAUUCAUGUAAAUAUUAGUAUAUAGCAACCGUCUUCUUAUUGUUUAGAAGGACGAAACGCACUGUCGAGAUUUAUUGGGCAAACUUUUCGCAGCAGAUUAUACCAACACUGGAAUUUUUGAUUUAGUUGAAAAGAAAAAGGUGUUACAGUUUUUUUUUUAAAUGUCGUUUAUGCAUUUUGUGAGUAUUUUUAUCGUGUUUUCGCUGUGUACGUGGAAGACAGGACAGUGUAUUGAUCUUACAACACAAGCUAAUGCAACUGGAUCAUCAGUGGUUUCGAGGUGUGUCGAAUUAAUAGAGAACUCAGGAAUUUUUCGCGAUGAUUCGAACCUGUUACGUCGGCUUGCUUACGUUGAAACAACUGACGGUACAUCAUAUACAGCAAAUCAAGGUGGAAUAUGGAAGGUUUCACAGUUUGUAUUUACGGAGCUCCAAUCUCAGAACUUUAACGCUUCGAUCUAUUACACUGCAGUGAUGAGUCAUUUUUCCAUAGAUUGGCAAUCUGUGACGUAUGCUGACUUAGACAAACCGCUAUAUUCUGCUUUAGCAGCGAGAUUGGUAAUUGCACAUGCAGAAAUAAUAGUAUCUGGUACUAUAUCUACGGACAUCAACGUUCAGUACAACACUUGGGCGUUUUAUUUCCAUGACAACCAACAAGCGACGACUCUUUCUGAAUUCACCACUUUAAUCGCCCAGAUUCCUACACAAUGCCAAUCAGAUCAAAGGGAUAUUGUUUUGCUGAUUGAAAGUUCAUCUGCCAUACCCACAGCUGACUUUAACAACAUGAAAGCAUUUGCUCUUUCUCUAAUCGGCAGGUUUAGUAUUUCUGUCAACAAAACAAGAUUUGGAAUCAUGCAGUUUGCCAAUAACCAAAUGGAAAUAGUCAGCAUAAGAGAUGGUGUUGAUUUGGCGAAUGUCACUAAUGCUAUUAAUGGAAUGACAUUACUUAAUUCUGAACCAGUCCGAACAGGAAUAGCAAUUGCUCAUGCUGUUUCUCUUUUCACAAGCAGUGGAAGAGGCAUAAAUGGUGGAUUUGCCACAGUGCUUGUGGUGAUCACAGAACGACCAAGUAUCGACAAUGUUAGUGUUCCUGUGGGCAAUGCUGUUGCAAGCGGAAUCGACAUUCUAUCGGUUGGGGUGGGAAAUAACAUAGAAAUGAGUGAAAUUACCAGCAUUGUUUCGGCGUCGAAUAACAUUUUCUACUCGAGUUCUUUCACAUCGCUUUUAACCUUGACGGAAAGUGUUACAAAAGGAGUUUGUCGGGCUCAGAUUGUGACGUCAGGGAAUUUAUCUAUUUCUGGCACACUUUUUCCCUCUACAAGUCAGUCUAUCAGGCUUACACUGUCUGCAAUUGGAACUGGAUUUCGGUUGUCGACUACUAUAGGAACUAUCACGGCAUAUUUUUCAACUACAAAUAACUAUCCAACAUCAGCUGUGUAUGACAACAGAAUGGUUGUGAAUAUUCCAAACACAAUAUUCUUUUACAACUACACACCUCCAGCUGCUCAACUCAAUAACGGGCAAAUAGUGAUGUACGUUGGAUUGGAAUGUACGUCCACUUUACCAACAAUAUAUCAAUUGGAUAUUGGAACACCAUAUGUGCCAACUCUUCCUCCUGUCCAAGUUGUUUCUGUCAGUGAAGCGCCGCUUUCCGAUGCAGAAAUUGCGGGCAUAGUCAUUGCUUGUUUGAUAUUUCUUUGUGGAAUUAUCAUUGCAGUGGUUUAUUAUUGCUGCGCAAGGAAUUAUCCAAUAGCUGCACAAAAAAAGGAGGGAGUUGAAAAAGUUGCUGUUGCCGUAAAAGGACGUGCUGUGAACACCAGUAUGUUUUCGUCACAAAUUUUGACGGUAGAUUCGGAAACUCCAGAACAAAUUAAAAAACCGCCAACAACUGAAGUUGCUGUUAACACUCCACUAACACCUGCCUCUGCCGACGAGAGCUUCAGUCCAGUGCAGGCUAUUGAUGAUGAAGAGACUGUUAUUCGCGAACGCUUGCAUAAGGCUGUUGUAAACAAAGAUAUAUCAUUGAUUGUCGCGAGUCUUGUAGAUUUUCGAAAUCUUGAAUUAAGUGACAAAGAUGGUGAUGUCAUACUUGCGGAAAAAAUAAUUUCGGUGCAAAACUGCAAAGAAGGCUUAAGCUUUGCAAUGGCAAAAAGAAAUGUCCAUUAUUUACAAAGAGCAAUAUUUGAUGCCAAACAAAAAAACCAUCAACAAGAAUUAUCACAAGAAAUUCAGAAUGCAGAAAUAUUAUUAAAAGACUUGAAUAAAAUUCAGAGUUGCACAGCUAAGCUGAAAGCUGCCAUGGACAAUGAUGAUGUCGAUCUCGUCGAACAGCUCACUUUUGAACUUCGGAAACUUUGUGGGUCUGACCAUUCGGCAGUAGAUAAGUUGCUGGAGGUUUAUCGCUGUAAAGAUGACCUUGAACGAUCAAUGAGAACACGCGACUUGGAAUUGGUCACUACUACACUUGAUAUUAUUGAAAAACGAGGUUACGAGUCUGAACUCCCAGUAGAAGUAAAGCAAGCUAAGCGGAUGAAACGUGAACUGGAGUAUCUUGAAAAGGUUCGUCGUGAUGUUUUAAAUUUAAACCAAAGUCGGGUCUCGGAGAUAAGAAGUUAUGGAAAGCCACCACCGGGUGUCCAUGGAGUUAUGAAGGCCGUGUAUCUCAUACUUGGUCAUCCAAAUGAACUUUUGGAGAAAUGGGGAAACAUUCAGACAUUAAUGGGUAAGACUGGCAAGGACGGACUUCGUCGGCAAAUUCAAGCAAUCGAUCCAAGAAAAGUGAAUUUGGAGAAAGCUCAAACUGCCUUUUCGAUCAUUGAGCAAUUCGACCUGGCAUCAGUGCAGGAACUCAGUUUAGGACUUUCUCUUUUCUACAUAUUCGUUCGCUCCGUAAUUGAAGAAGUGGAGAAGUUACACACUGGUGUGUUGAAUGCGCCGUCACCAUUCGACUACCUACGUGCUACAGCAACACCAAGGCCAAACUGGGACAAACUACAAGCAGCCGGUUAUAACAUCCAACGAUAAAUUACAAAAAGACGGGAAUAAAAAUUUUUCUCUUUUUACACUGCA